ACUAACCACGUGGUGCUCGAGAAACACAGAAUCGCGUACUCAAAAGGAGUCGCGUUUGACGAUUCACAAAUCACAACCUUCAAUUCUCACUAAUUGAAAACACGUAGAAAAAGCAAAACAAUAGGAAGAGUGGAAGAGAGAGAGAGAUUGGGAAAUGGGAAAUAGGAAGUAGGGAGUAAAGAGGAGUUGUCCACAUUCAACCAAUCCCAAGCGAGCAUGUCGUCUACCUUCUUCUCACUGAGAGGUCAGAGUUCCACACACUCUCUCUCUUGCAAUCGGGAUCUCUCUUCUUACUCUUAGCUUUUUCACAGUACCUGCUUCUGCCUGCACUCCUCCAUGUUAGGGUUUUCUUUCUCCCACGCAACUAGCCUCAUGUUUCACAAUUAUUGAUUCACUUUCCUCGAUUCGAUUUCGAUUUGCCGCCGCCAUGGAGGAACCGCCUCAACCGCAGCCCCAGCCACCGCCGCCCACCGCUGCUAGGGAUUCGCGCCUGCUUGGAGUCCCCGUUGCGCAGCGCGACCCGGAAGGAGACGCUGCUUGUUGCGCGCCCAAAUUGGAGGUUGCCGUCGUGGACGCUGCCGUUUUGAAACGCAAGCGCGGUCGUCCGGCCAAGGGAGCUCCGAAAGUGGCGCCUCCGGUCAGGCAGAAGAAGGACGAGGAGGACGUUUGUUUCAUUUGCUUCGACGGUGGGAGUCUCGUUCUCUGCGAUCGCCGGGGUUGUCCUAAGGCGUAUCAUCCCUCAUGUAUUAAGCGAGACGAAGCGUUCUUCCGAUCAAAGGCCAAGUGGAAUUGCGGUUGGCAUAUAUGUAGCGUUUGUCAGAAGGCGGCACAUUAUAUGUGCUAUACUUGCACAUAUUCUUUGUGCAAGGGAUGCAUAAAAGAUGCUGAUUUUGUUUGUGUCAGAGAGAAUAAAGGUAUGUGCGGAAUAUGCAUGAGAACUAUAAUGCUGAUUGAGAACAGUGCCCAGGGAAAUAAGGAAAUGUGCGAAGUGGAUUUUGAUGACAAGAGCAGCUGGGAGUAUCUUUUCAAGGUGUACUGGAUUUAUUUGAAAGGGAAGCUAUCUUUAACAUUUGAUGAGCUCCUUCGAGCUAAAAACCAAUGGAAAGGUGUUGCUCCUAUGAGUUGCAAGCAAAGUCCCCAUGAACUUUAUCAUCUUAGAGAUGACAAAGGUUCUGGUUCUGAGAACUCCUGUAUAGAUAUAGAGUCAAAUAAUUUGAAGAACAAGAGGCCCAGAAGACAGCCAAAGCUUCUCAGUAAGGGUGAUUGCUUGGAUAAUUGGAUAACUUCAGGUGGUGACAGUGGUGUGUCUUUGACUGAUUGCACAAAAUGGGCAUCAAAGGAGCUUCUAGAGUUUGUUGCACAUAUGAAAAAUGGUGAUACGUCUCUCCUGUCUCAAUUUGAUGUUCAGAAUCUCUUGCUAGAGUAUGUAAAGAAAAAUAAUCUUUGUGAUCCUCAACAGAAUUCCCAAAUUGUUUGCGACUCUAGACUAUUAAAUUUGUUUGGAAAAGCAUGUGUUGGCCACAUGGAAAUUCCAAAGCUACUUGAAUCCCACUUUCUUUUAAGACGCAAUGGCCCUGCGGAUAAUACUUUUGGAGUAGGAAUUAUUAAUGCUGUUGCUAAUGAAGGGGAAGGCCAUGACAAUUACAAUAAGCAGUUGAUGUUAGUUAAUGACAAGGGGUGUAAAAAGGAUGAUGUUCUAGUGCCACAAAAUAAUCCAGAUGCAUAUGCUGCAAUAGAUGCUCACAACAUUAAAUUGAUUUACUUGCGGCGAAGUCUGAUGGAGAAUCUAACUGAAGAUAUUGAAAAGAUUCAUGAGAAGAUUGUUGGUGCAUUUGUGCGAAUAAGAAUCUGUGGUGGUGAUCAAAAACAAGAUAUGUAUAGACUUGUACAAGUUGUAGCUAUUUGUGCAGGUACAAGCAAGGUUGCUCAACCUUACAAAAUUGGCACAAGAACAACUGAUAUUAAGCUUGAAAUUUUAAACUUAAACCGGAAGGAGGUCAUACCAAUUGGUGAAAUUUCUAAUCAGGAGUUCUCUGAGGAUGAAUGCAAGCGGUUGCGUGAGAGUAUAAAAUAUGGGCUUUCAAAGAGAUUGACUGUGGGAGAGAUUCUGGACAAAGCAUUGACACUUCAAGCAAUUAGAGUUAAUGAUUUGUUGGAAGCUGAGAUAUUGCGGCUUAAUCAUCUCCGUGAUAGAGCAAGUGAAAACGGGCAUAGAAAAGAGCUUAAAGAAUAUGUGGAGAAGUUGCAGCUACUCAAUUCUCCAGAGGAACGUGAACGCAGGUUGCAAGAAAUUCCAGAUGUACACUCUGACCCCAAUUUGGAUUCAAUGUUUGAGUCUGAUGAAGAUGAUGGAGAGUCAGAUGAAAGGAAGCAAGAUAGCAAUAUAUUAUCCAAAUGUCUUGGGCUUGAUAGAAGAGAGGGGGGUUCUAUCUUUCCAAGAAAUUCAAACAGUGUCUUCAAUGACAUGGGAUGCAAAACACAAGACUUGGCCCCUACCCAUGAACCGAUAGGGAAUAUCUGCACACCAAAGAAUCCUAUCAAUCGUGAUGAUACAGCUAUUGAUGAUAACACCAAUGCAGUUGUGAAAUCAGAAGUUUCUAGUGUUGCGUUGGACAUUUCAUCAUCGCUUCUUCCUACUGGGAUGGAGCAGCCAUUUAAUAAUUCUUUGAAUGAUAGAUCAUGGCAUUAUCAGGAUCCAACUGGGAAGAUUCAAGGACCUUUUUCUAUGUUGCAGCUGUACAAGUGGAAUACAACUGGAGGUUUCCCUCCAGAUCUUAGAAUAUGGAGGAUAGAUGAGAAACAGGAUAACUCUAUAUUGUUAACCGAUGCACUAAGUGAGAAGUUUUCAAAACAUGUGUCAUUGGCAUUAAACAGUCAAUUGCUCUCUCUAGGGGUCAGUGUUACAUUGGAUAAUAAAGAUAACAGUCAGGAUGCUGAGAAGAAAGGAACAAAGAAUGAAACAUCCACAGACGGGCAAAUUAUUGAACAGAGGAAGGAACAAAAGGUGGAUAAUACUUCUACUCAGUCUGAUGGUAAAGAUGAACCUGUUAGGAGCAAUGGAUGGCAUGGCCAACUGCAUGGAUACCCAUCACUACUAUCAACUGCCAUUCCUGAGAAAUUGAAUGAGAAUUCUUCUGAUAAAUUAAGGAAAAGUCAUGGGAUUGUGGGGAACUCAAAAGAUAAUGGAAAUAAUGGCUCGAACAGGACGUCUGAUGGGCAGAGUAAUAGUGGGCAGAGUUAUCAGAAGCAAUCAGAUAGUGAAGAGAAUUCAGGGCAAUCUUCUGGACAUACCUGGAGACACCCUAAUGUAAAUAGUUCUUCCAAUUGCUUGGUUACCACAUCAGCUCAUGUUUCUGGUACAAAAACACCACCCCAUAAGCUGGGAUUUGAUUUGCAUAAUCCUCCUUCCCCUCCAGCAUGUAAUACAUCUUCUGAACAGACCUGGAGACACCCUAAUGUAGAUAGUUCUUCUAAUUGCUUGGUUACCACAUCAACUCAUGUUUCUGGUACAAAAACAUCACCACAUAAGCUGGGAUUUGAUUUGGACAAUCCUCCUUCCCCUCCACCAUGUAAUACGUCUUCUGGACCGACCUGGAGACACUCUGAUAUAAAUAGUUCUUCUAAUUGCUUGGUUACCACAUCAGCUCAUGUUUCUGGUACAAAAACAUCACCACAUAAGCUGGGAUUUGAUUUGCAUAAUCCUCCUUCCCCUCCAGCAUGUAAUACAUCUACAUGGCAGGCAAUCAUUGGUGAGCCCAAUGAUUUUGAUGAAUCAGUUUCUGAUCUGUUGGCAGAAGUGGAAGCAAUGGAGUCCCUUGGUGGCUUGGAAUCUCCUACUUCAAUCAUGAAAUGUAAUGAGGAUUUGACUGAAGGUUCUAAAAAUGAUUGUCUCAGUUUUGUUGCAGAGCUUAGCCCAAUGCUUGAUGCGGGUAAAGGUGAUGCACUGUGCUCCACUGGUGAUUUAAACUUACCAUCUCAGCCGACAGCAGCAGAGGAACCAUUACGGCAAGCAGAUGUACAUGACCAUCAUCAUCAAAGAAUUUCUAUGGAGCAUUCUUCAAGAAGUUCUAAAAUUGAGGUUGGUACGAAGAAUGUUAGUGUUUCAUGUAAUCAAUGGGAUUCGAGCUCAGAAAAUUCACCCAUCGUUCCACCCCCUGCAACAUUGGGCCUGGCAGUAGAUACCACUUGGAGACUUGGUUUAGAGAAUACACACUUGGGAUGGAGUGGAAUUGAUCAAGGAAAUGCAAAUGUGGGUUGGGGAGUAGGACAGACAGCAGUGCAGGAAAACAGGAGCUCAAAUUCAUACACAUCUGUAGUAACUCCAGGCUUUGGGGAUAGCCAAACAAGAUAUGGCAACGAUCGAUUUUCUGCACCCAGAGAUCGGGGUUUUCAAGGUCAUGGUAGGGAAUCAGGUUUUGGUAGAAGCAGAAUGGCAUAUAACAGGCAACCGUCAUAUGGUGUUGGAAAUGGAGGCUCAUAUAGGCCUCUGCCCAAAGGGCAGCGAGUUUGUAAAUUUUAUGAAGGUGGGUACUGUAAGAAGGGAUCAUCCUGUGAUUACUGGCACCCAUGAUUUUAGAUUCCAUUAGCACUGGUCACAGUUGUUUUUUGUAAUCCUUAACAUAUCUGAAGUUGGCUCUUUCCAUUUGUUGUAAUUUAACCAGACAGUAUUAGUCAAGUGGUAUAAUUUUUUUAUAUGAAAUUACUCUUGCUUGAACUACCUGUUUUUUGUGAUUGCUAAUUGCCAAUUUGCUUGCGUAAGUUUUUCA